AUGUAUCCACCGUAUUUCUCCUGGUUCCGUGGAAGCUCCUCAGUCCUUGCAACCGUCGCGGGACUCGGUGGUCUACUCCCCGGCACGUUUGUGGUUGAGAAUAACUCCACGUUGGGAGGGGGCGACGCUCAGCAAGAGUCUAGCGCGCCACAAGAUGAUUCUGAUCGUAGCGAGACUGCGUCUGAAAGUGGAAUACAGACCCUGGAUCCUGUACAUCAACCGAGGCAAGAACCCCCAAGCACAUCGCUCGGUGUGUUUAACCUUGAUCGCUACCUACCGCCGCCGAUUUUGCCGUCAAUGGUUCCUCGACACCCCGGUCACAUUGAUCAUAUACCCCAGCCUCCAUCUCCUGCUCGGGCACCUUACACAAUUCCGCCCGCCACACUCUCUACCGGGAAUCGUGCUGGUCCGGAAGGCAACUACCUUUUGUCAUCGAGACAUGACCGGGAAAGCGCUGUGACAGCACUCGGGUUUGACCUUUGGUCUACUCCACCCUAUGGUGAAAGCUUACGCACCAGCUACAUUGCAUCAGAACUACCGGCUGAUGAUUUCGCACGUCCCCGAUACGGUUUGAGUGACGGUCCCAGCAAUCCUGGUCCGUCUGCUGGCAGGCCAAGUCCCUUAGGACCCCGUACUCACUCUCACCAUUCAAGAUAUUCCCCAUAUUCUGUGUCGAGAUCUUCUCCAGUGGGUGUCGACAGCCGGCAUCGCCGUAUACCCCACCCCGUCUCUGAUGAUAGAGGUGCUGGAUCUACCGCUGGAUCUACCUAUCAAAACGCUAGUACUGCCCAUAGUCAUCCCGGCACAUCCAACGACGAUAAUGUAAGACAUCGUCGCACUCGUCUGAGGCGUGAAUACGCUUUCGACGAAUACAGCCACCCAGAGAUGCUCAGGGAUGACGAAGAGGGCCGUGCACGCCGUCUAUCGAGGCUGAGGCGCCAAGAGAUGGACCGUGCUGAGAGCACGUUGGCUGCAUUAGAACGGAACCUUGCGGACGCGAUGAGGCAUUUCGACGAGUUGCGCGAUGCAUCGCGCCCACCACCGUCUUCGGAGGCCCGACCGCCUUACCGGCAGAGGAGAGACAACCAGCCACAUACGCGGCAUCACACCAGCACGAGUUAUGCCGAGGAUCCUCGUGUGGAGCUUUCAGAAGGCGAAGAGGAGAGGGAUGACUGUGCAGCAUGGGAGGAACUGCUGCAAUCCUGCCGACAUUUGCGCCGGCGCGCGUUGGAGCUCGAGGAAGACGUUGUCUCGGCUUACCCGACUCGCUGUAGGAUUCCGGGCAGACAUGGACCACAUCAUGGCCCAUCCGGUUCUACGACUCGUGAUGGAGGUCCAGUACCUGCAGGGAGGGGUCGGAUGCCUCGGCGUCCUCGAUCUGUAUCUGUGGAACCAGUGAUUCCCCCACCUCAAGGAUUCGCGGAGGGUCACGCGCAGGAAAGGCGUACUCCUCCCACCCCAGACUUACUUCCAUUCGCGGAGAACAUGUCUCCGGACGAUUCUCUCGACGACCUUUAUACCCCAGGCCCUGCCGUUCACUUUGGAGGUGCUGCAGCAGAUGCUACCACCGCUGGACUGUCGGGGACAUCAGAUACCCGCGAGCCUGUCCCUGGACCUUCUCGCGCAGGUCCUUCACCAAGUCACUCAGGCCCUUCACCGAGAAAGCGUUCUCGUAGUAGGGACUCGGAGUUCGAGGUGGUCGAUUUUAUACCAAGGGACGAAGAUGAUACCCGCUCGCCAAAGCGCAAGAGGAUGAACGUUUGA